AACUCGUAGAAGAAGAAGAACAACCAGGAAGUGUGUGUACUGACAACGCUAACGGGUCUUUCCAUCUUCCAUUCACGGCAUCUCUGUAAACAAACCCUGUAUCUUAUUACCUCACAUUUAGUGUAAAACAAUAUUUACACUGUAAUGAAGUGUUAAACAUGUGUACCGGCGGUUAACUGCGGGACAAACAGCGGGCGGACGGGGCGAUGGAGACGGCGCAGUUUUGGUUUCAUCGUCUCCGCGGAGUGACUGUUGAUGCACCAUGAUCCCUGUGCCUCUGCUGGUGUGUGUGGUGGCAGCCUGGUGUGCAGUGUAUCUCGCCGACACACUGCUGAGGUCGUCAUCGACACACCGGAUCAGCUACGAGUCAUGGCUGGCGAGUCGAGGGCUGAUGCUGUCCCCUUUCCACGUGAGAUGGCAGACCACCAUGUUCAACCGGCUGUUCGCGUACUGCGCACGCAUCAACCCCCGAGCCCUCUACCUGUGGUUCAGCAGCGGUCUGGUGUUCGGUAUAGUUGCCAUGCUGGGGUCAGUGGUGCUGCUGAUAAAGACGCUGCAGCAGACGCUGGCUCAGAUGACCACAGACAACCCUCGCAUGGGAGGUCAGCAGACCCUGCAGGUGGUGGUCCCAGGUGUCAAUCUGCCAACCAGUCAGCUGGCCUACUUCUUCAUCGCCCUGCUGCUCAGCGGAGUUAUACAUGAGCUGGGCCACGCGGUGGCAGCAUUGAGGGAGCAGGUGCGUGUGAAUGGCUUCGGGAUGUUUGUGUUCGUGGUGUAUCCCGGUGCGUUCGUGGACCUCUUCACCACACAUCUCAACCUUAUAUCACCCACUCAGCAGCUGCGCAUCUUCUGUGCCGGAGUGUGGCACAACUUCGUUCUGUGUGUGGCAGCGUUAGCCGUCCUCUUCCUGUUGCCUCUCUUUCUGUUCCCCAUGUACUCCACCGGUGCCGGGGCGCUGGUCACUGAAGUUGUGCAGGGCUCUGCGGCUGACGGUCCCAGGGGCCUAUCAGUCGGGGACAUAGUGACGGGGCUGGAGGACUGUCCGGUCAAAGGAGUGGAGGACUGGAGCAGUUGCCUGUCUCACCUCUCCCACACCCCGCAGACCGGAUACUGUGUCCCCGUCGCCAGCCUGCAGCCCAGCUGGGCUCACGGACGAGCUUUCAAGCGAUUGGAUGGAACGAUGGACUGCUGCAGCAACAACAGCCUGACAGACCUCUGCUUCUCUUACAUCAAACCACAGAGCAGGAACAACAGAGAGAGAGAGUACGCCUGUAUGCCGGUGCGUAAGAUGGUGACGGGGACGCGAGUGUGCCGUACCGACAGCGAGUGCGCCGCACACUCCCACGCCGCCAGCGUUUGCGUCACCCCCUCUCUGGAGAACCAGACUCGCUUCAUCCGUGUCACACACCUCCCCAACACACAAAUGCUGUUUGUGGGGUAUCCGCCGCACCUUCAGUACGCAGUGAGUCUGACAAACUUCGUCCCCCGCUUCGGUUUCCUCCACCUGGAUCUGCCCGUCUUCUUGGAGACCUUCUGCAAAUACGUGGUUUCCCUCUCCGGCGCUCUAGCCGUAGUCAACUCCGUACCGUGCUUCGCCCUCGACGGUCAGUGGAUGCUCAACGCCUUGCUGGAGGCCACGCUGGUUACUGUGGUAACGGACCGUCAAAAGCGGGAGCUGAUUGGUUUCUUCCUGCUGCUGGCGGGCAGCGCCCUGCUGGCAGCCAACGUGGCACUGGGCCUGUGGAUGGUCACGGCACGGUAGCCGCAGCGGUUAGCUAAAGUAAAUGAAUGGAAAAAAAAAAAAAAACCCCAUGUGGACCGACAGUUGUUCUCUCAGGAUGUGUCUGAGACGUGCGGACCAUUAAACUGUGAACAUACAGCGAGCAGACUGCGUUACCCAAAAGUGCUGCCCAAUUUCCGGGGACUGUUGAGCAGAACAUUAAUCUGCCUUUAAGCCGUUAACUGGACCACAAGGAAAACAAUAAACAACUUUUUUUUCUUCUUCUUCUUCUUAAUACCGCCAUAUACACACAAAAGCACAUAUAGAAAUAAAAAUGCACUUGCUGUUAAGCCCUGUCACAUGUGACUGUUUACAAAGACUGCACAAUCUUUCCAAAAUUUGAACAGUAUAAUGUGUUUGAAGUUUGAAGGGGGAAAAAAAAAAAAUGUUCCAAAACGCCAUAUUGUCUGGCUCCAGUGUGUUGAAGAGAAGUUAGGCUAUUCUGAACUCAAGAGAAUAAUCCGAGACAUCUGUGGAAACUGGGGGUGGGGCGGGGGAGGGAUGGGGAGUUUUUAAAAAAAAGCCCUUCAUUUUAUUGGCGAACGCAUGGCAAUACCUCACUCUUUUUACUCCAUAUCACUGUUGAAAGAACACCGCUACCUAAUAUUCAUGUCUCAAAAGAACUGCCUCCUCCAAAGUAAAUAUGUUAAUUAGUCAAUUAAACAGACUCCUGUUCAUUUCAACUUUUUUUAAACGGUCGGCAUCCUAUUUAGAAAACAGAUGUAUUCAAGUCAAGUGUCUUUCUCUUCCUCGGGCAUUACAGUGGGGAAAUUUACUUUCUCUGUGCUCAUGUUGUAAAAGUUGAUUUGUCUAACUUGUUGAAUAAAAGACUGAUUUUAUUUAA